CCAUAUUUAAGAACCUUCCUCUCUCACCGCUCUGUCUUGUUUCACACAAACGUGUUUUGAACUUUUCCUCAUCUUCUUCGUCACUCCAUUGCCCUUUUAUUCUCCUUGUAAUCUCUCUUAACUUAUUUUCCUUUUCCUCUAGUUGUUUGUGAAUUUUCUCUGAUUUUCGAGAUUUUUUCAGAGGUUCUGUUGAAGUAUUUAUAAUUCUCUACAAGUGUUUUUUCUGUGGCUGAGUAAUUUUUAUUGGACUGCACCACAUGGCUGAGGAGGGUUACAGGGUUGCUUUAAAUGUUUAUGAUCUAAGCCAAGGACUUGCUAGACAGCUUUCAGUGUCGUUUUUGGGGAAAGCUAUUGAAGGCAUUUGGCACACAGGAGUUGUGGUUUAUGGAAACGAGUAUUACUAUGGUGGUGGCAUACAACAUUGUCCUGCUGGAUCAACACCAUAUGGAACUCCACUUAAAGUGGUAGAUUUAGGUGUUACACAUGUUCCAAAGGAUGUUUUUGAAAUGUAUUUGCAGGAAAUCAGUCCGCGCUACUUGGCUGAAACCUAUAGUCUGCUUACGCACAAUUGCAAUAACUUCAGCAAUGAAGUUGCACAAUUUUUGGUUGGUGGUACCAUUCCAGAUUACAUUCUUCAGCUCCCAAAUGAAGUUAUGAAUAGCCCAAUGGGUGCUCUCAUGUUGCCAAUGAUACAAAAUUUAGAGACAACAUUAAAAUCAGGUGGAGUUCCACAAGUACCACAAUUUAGGCCUUCAACAGUGAAUCCUGCUACAAAUUUUGUCUCAGUCAACACCAAAAAGAGCUCAAGUGGACCUAACUCAUCCACAGAGAAUAAGGUCAUUAACAAGGAAGUAAAAGGCAAAGAAGAGGUUAAGAAGACAGAAAAUGCAGUGCCAGCUUCUGGAAAGCCAGCAGCAGUAUCAAAUGGUGUUGUAGAUCCUCUAGGGGAUGCACGCAACAAGGUUCAAGAUGAGAUUAUAAAAGAGUUUGCUGCUAUAAUGGCAACUGGUACAAUGCGGGCUAGUGAAGCUGCAGCACUUGCUACUAGAAGAGUCAUGGAAAGACAUGGCCAGAUUUCUGUGUCACAGAGUUAGCAACAUUUGUUUGCGUGAUUGAAUAUUCAAGUGUCGUCUUAUAUUUAAUUAACAAUUAGUUAUGUAUACAAUUCACUAGAGUUUGUGGUGAAUUAAAUUUAAUUUUAGACACAAUUGAAUCACUUUCUGUUGUAUGGAUGCCUACAUUUUGUUA